GCCCCACAUCAUCGACGACCCCCAAUUAAUCCCUUCACAACACUUCCUCACUUCACCGGUAAUCCAACUACGCGACAAUACCGUACAGUAUGAUCUCCCCAGACCGCGACACCUCCACGAACAAAGACGACUCCAUGGACCUCGACCUCGACAUCGAACACGAUGACGCUCAUGUUCAUGCUCAUACCGUCGGGCACAUGAGUCCCUCCUCACCGCCUUCAUCUGAGAGCGAUAUUGAUUUAGGUGCGGAUGAGCAGGAGCAUGGCGAGCGGGAGGCGCAGUUCGAUUUUGGGGAUCUGGAUGUGGGUCAGGGUGUUGGGAGCGAGGAGAGUGUUGGCUUGAGGGAAAGUGCAAGUAUCGUUUCAAACUUUGGUUCGGGUGAGGCUAAGCUAACCCCGACCCGGCACAGUACGAAGAGUGGACAAAGUUACGGACAAGGACAGCAGGGACAGGGACAGAAACAAGGACAAGGGGAUAGGAAGAGGAUGGAGGCUGAGAUGGAUAACCUGCUUGAUAAGGGCUGGAGGUGGGGUUUGGGUGAAGGAAUUAGGGCGGAUGAGGUUGAGGGGUGGUAGGAAGUGUGCGGUGAGCGGAGGAGGCACGGGUGAUUGUUGCGUGAGGAGGAGGAAGGAGAGUGUAUGAGUAACUCGGCAUUCUUAUACCCAAGGUUCGAAUUGAGAUUCAUCCAUUGCAUACGCAUACACCGGUGCACAGCCAGA